ACAGGAACAUAAUAUCAAAACUAUCUAUAUAUACGUCCAUUUCGUGAUUCAGUAUUCUGGAUUUGAUUUGAGUAUUCUAAAAUACCGUAAUAAAUUAUUCAACAUUUCCCACCCCUAGUCACAGUGCAGUAGUUGUUUUAAUGCUUAUAGCUGCAUAGGAUUAUAUGACUGUACGAAAUAUGGGGCAAGGACCUUUAAAACCCAGCAGGAAUCAACAUAAACCCAACAGUAGAAGCUUUGAUAAGUCGAAUGAAAGAAUUCCAAGAUUGUAUCUAAAUAUUUCGGAUCAAGCCUGGCCAUUAGUCUACAGUUCUGGCUACAAUGUAAGUUUUGGAGGCAUGGAAAAGUUGCAUCCAUUUGAUGCUGGCAAAUGGGGAAGAGUUCAUCAGAUGCUGAUAGAUAAGAAAAUGUUAUUGCCUGGGGAAUUUGUUGAGCCUUUAGAAGCGUCAGAAGAGGAAUUGCAAAAAGUACACAGCCAGAAAUACUUAAAUAGUUUAAAAUGGAGUGCGAAUGUAGCAAUGAUCACGGAAGUUCCACCAGUUGCAAUGCUGCCUAAUUACUUUGUUCAACGCUCAGUUCUGCGACCAUUUAGAUUGCAAACGGGUGGCUCAAUCUUGGCAGGGAAGUUGGCAAUGGAGAGAGGAUGGGCCAUUAACAUUGGUGGUGGAUUUCAUCACUGCUCUGCUGAGCGUGGAGGAGGAUUUUGUGCUUAUGCUGACAUAACCUUAAACAUUCGUUAUUUGUGGGAAAACUUUCCAGACAUAAACAAAGUCCUGAUUGUCGACCUUGAUGCUCACCAGGGAAAUGGAUAUGCUCAUGAUUUCAUGGGUGAAGAAAGAGUUUUCAUUUUCGAUGUGUAUAAUCGUUUAAUAUAUCCGAAUGAUCAGCGUGCUAAAUUAGCCAUUUCUCGUCCGGUGGAAUUGGUGCAUGGAACGAGUGAUUCAAAGUAUCUGGAACUUGUGAGAAAAAACCUUCCUGAAGUCAUUGAACUGUUCAAUCCUGAAUAUAUUGUGUACAAUGCUGGAACAGACAUUCUCAGCGGCGAUCCACUUGGUUGUCUUGAUAUAUCACCUAAUGGCAUUGUUGAAAGAGAUCAAAUAGUGUUUGAAGCGGCCCACAGAAACAAAAUUCCAAUUGUUAUGUUCACGUCUGGUGGAUACCAAAGAUCAACUGCAGCAAUAAUAGCAGAUUCAAUUUUCAAUCUCAAUAGUCAUGGAUUUAUAACUGGACCUAAAAAUAUUUUGCAUUCUGAAUAAUGAAUGUGAUAUCAGUUGCAGGAAGCUUUCUAUACAGUGAUUCUCAUACUUCCUUUUGCAAUCAUUAACUCCAUCCAUGAUCAUAAUAUACAUUUAUAGUUGAUACCUGAAAUAUCUCGAAUGACCUCAUAUGAAAAAGCCUACUGUGUUUAUUGACAUAUAUUAUUCAUAAAUUAUAUUAUUCUUUUGUUUGUCACUUACAUCAUCUCAACUUUAAUCCAUAACUCAACUAACAAAUGUCUUAUGGAGCCCAAAUUGCCUCAUUGGAUGUAGUGUUCAAUUGAAAAUGACAAAAUUAAUCUGAUUUGAACAAAGUGGUCAGACUAAUUUGACUCAUAUUUUACAAUCAUAAUUCUUCUUGUGGUAAAUCUUUAACAAACGAACUCGGUAUCAAAAUCGGAACCUUAUUGGCGAUUUUGCAUUUUUCUCUGUUUGUUUCAUGAAAUUUAGAUUAAAUGCAAUACCUACAGACUACAGUAUUUAUUCAUUUCUCUAGUAAAUGCUCUUUCCAAAAAUUUUGGUUUUGUUGAUUUUACAUAUUUUUGAGUUUAUGGACUUGAUUGAUUGAUUUGAUUGAUGAAUUUGAUUUGUGCUUAUCGCAUCUUUGAAAAAUAGUUUUCAAUAUUAAUUUUCAUCACAUGAAUAUACACAUGACAAUGAUAUGGUCAUUUUCAUAUGCUUAUCGAGAACAGCCAUAUGUUAUAUGCCUAAAAACAUAGUUUAUGAUUAGAAAUGUGCAGUCAGAUUUGGAUAUUUGUAUCAAUUUCACUGUCAAUGUGAAAGCAUUUAUCAUUUGUCAAUAGUAUGCAUAAAUCUGCAAUAAAAAAAAUAAUAAGUGAUAAGUUGUAUUUGAGUUUAUGUUGAUGUAAAUGCUAGUUUUAUAUUUCUUGUGUUCAACGUUGAUACCCAUUUUCCCUCUUACAAUUUUAUUUUUCAUUUAUUAUAUACUGUAUAAAAUGAUUAUUACAAAGUUUUACACAUUUAUGCACUAAAUUUUUAUCACUGUCACUUCAUUUUAUAUUAUUAAUAAUCAUAG